UGGGGUGGUGAGCGUGCUGCUGUGGGCUCUUUAAGAGCAGAGGGAGGGGGCUCAGGACUGGGCUGCAGUGUUUUUGUCUCGCUGUCAGUGAGACUGCUGGCCUUACACGUCUGAGGGGACAGCGAGGGGGUAGGCUUGAGGUGCCACCCUCAAGAAAGAGUGAGGGAGAGAGAGAGAGGGACAGAGAGAAGAAGGGAAGGAACAGUCCUGGAGGUUGGGGUGGAGAGCGCAGCAUCGUUGCACUGUUUUGAAUGUGAUGGUGUGACAAGAGGUUGACAUUAUGGCUCAAGUGCUGCAUAUGGACACCAGCUUCCCAGGGAAGAUUAACCCUCCAGCUCCAACUUCCCUGCACGCAAAGGACUCAGAGGCUCCUUACUCAGUAGAGACCCCCUAUGGUUACCGUCUGGAUCUGGACUUCCUCAAAUAUGUUAAUGACAUUGAGAAGGGUAACACCAUAAAGAAGGUGCCUGUGCAGCGCCGGCCACGAUAUGGCUCCCUGCCGCGCGGAUAUGGCUACACUGGCUCAUGGUGGACCUCAACCGAGUCCCUGUGCUCCAAUGCCAGUGUGGACAGCCGCCACUCAUCAUACUCAUACUGUGCCCCAGGCUACCACACCACUCAACGGCCCGGCUUCGGCGCAGCCCGUGUGGAAAAGACCUUGCUUGAUGCCCGGCGCAAGCUGGAGGAGGAGAAAGAUGUCCGGCGCUUUUCCAACCUGGGCAGCAUGCAUAGCAGUGUGGCCGGCUCUAACACUUCGCUUUCCAGCGCCCACAGCUUCAACCGGGCCCAGGUAGGUGGUGGCUCGUACACGUCGGCCAGCUCGGGCCUUUCCACGCCUGUGUCCCCUACCCCGGCCCACUUGCAGCAUGUUCGUGAGCAAAUGGCCCUGGCUCUGAGGAAGAUACGUGACCUAGAGGAGCAAGUGAAGACCAUCCCUGUACUGCAGGUGAAGAUUUCUGUGCUGCAGGAGGAGAAGAGGCAGCUCAGCGUGCAGCUCAAGAGCCAGAAAUUCCUGGGAGUGGGUCGGGGUCGACCACGGGAGCUCUACAUCGACAUCCCUGAGGAGGAUGUUGGGGCUGGAACCACCAAGGUAGAAGCGGGAUUGUCGCCAACCGCACCUGAUGGCUCACGCCAGGACUCAGGGUGUGAGAUUGAAGACACAGUAAUUGUGGGUGGCGCACGGCCUGGGAACAGGAAGGAAGUUCGCACCAUUGGGGUGGGUCCUGAUGUUGAGGAGAAUAAAGGCACCCAUCAGGUCGGAGUAGAUGUGCGUGAGGAAGACUUGGGCUUGCUGCCAGAGACAGCAGCUCUGAAGACCAAGGUGGAACAGCUGGAGGUACAGCUGAAGAGGACAGUGCAAGAGCUGCAGAGUGCCCAAAAGAAGGUGGAGUCAGCACAGAAGGAGAGGGAGAGGCUGGCUGGACCCCCACAGGCUGACCGUGCUGUUAGGGCUACGAGCCUGGGUUGGCAGGAGCAGCAGCAGGGCCGGGUCGGGGCUGGCCUUCACACAGUGGUCAGCUUCACCCAGCAGGACCAGCAGAGGCAGCAGAGGACAGUAGGAAUCCAGGUGUACACACUGGAGCAGCCCACAGUGGUGGGAGUUGGCACUCUGUUGAGGGCUCAAGACUGUAGUUCCCCCACAAGACCUCUCUCUGCAGCCCUUCUGGAGGGAGGGCCUCACAGAGGACAUGCUGAACCACUGGUUGCAGAAGAAUCACCAAGAGAGCUGCCAAUUGCAAUAAGCUCCAAGCAGGUACGAGAGGUCUUGAGAAGCGAAGUGUCCACGUCAGUGCCCGUCACCAGCCCAGCUAUUGCCAUGGAGACAAAGUGCAAUCAAGUGGCUCCCCUUUGCCUGAGGCUGAAGGAAGGAGAGGCACACCAGCAGCCAGCCACAGAAGUCAUCCAGUCGCAUGAAGAUGCAACCAAACCAGCCUCCCCUCAGUCCAGCUUGAGAUCAAUAAUGAAGCGUAAGGCAGAGAAAGAACCAGGCUCUCCCUCAACCAAGAAGAAUCUCCAGUUCAUAGGAGUCAAUGGAGGGUACGAGUCCACGUCAACAGAGGAGAGCAGUUCUGAGAGUUCAGAGGAUGAGAGUGACGCAAGUGAAUAUCAUGAGGCCACAGAAAAGCUACCAGAAUCUGCAGCUCAACAGCCUCAGGCAGCCUCUGUCACCAGCCCUGCUGUCUCUGCCUCUGAGUUCCCCAAAUCAGCAGAGACAGAAGCUGGCCCUGCACCUCAGCACAGCACUGUCCCACCUUUAGUCAAUGAGGCUUCCACUCUGCAGAGCACCAACCAGUCACCAGCCUUAGAUACUGCUGCAUGGCAACAGGUUAUCCAGUCACCAGCCUCAGAUACUGAUAAACAACACUGUGCAAGCCAGUCGUCUACCACUGCCAUGACUCCUCAGGACAGAGUCAGCCAAUUAGCAGAGACAGGUCCUACUCAGCAGCAUACCUCCCAAAGCACUGUCACUUCCCCUGAGCAAAGCUGCAUCCAGUCAUCAGCCACCUGCAUGGUGUUGGAACAAACUGUUAACCAAGCCAAAACCACUGACUCCAGUUCUCAGCAGAAUUCUAACCAAUCAGAGGCCUCAAGACUGACCUCUCAGCAGCCCACUACUUUAUCCUGUACCUUUGGCUCCUCUCAGCCAAAUGUCAGCCAGUCACAAACCACUGACCUCACUCCACAGCAGGGACCCCUCAAAUCAAAGGUUUCAGAUACUUCUGCCCAAGAGGACACAGUCCCAUCUCCAGCCAGCACUCCAACUAAAAAUACCUGCUCAAACGCAACUAAACAGGAAAACAGAGGGGAACUGAGUGAGGGCCUCAUGGCAGCCCUUCACACCUUGCAGAGAGCACUCGGUGAACCAAAUGCCUUCAGCCAGCAGGGGGCGAGGACGGCCUACACUACAGUGCUGCAGGAGUGGCUACGCGUUUCGUGCCACAAAUCAGCGGAUACAGCAGUAGUCCGAGCCUACAUGGAUGCCUUUGCCUCCAUCUCACCCCAGCUGCUAGAGUUUGUGGUCAACAUGGCAGACGGCAAUGGAAACACAGCACUGCACUACACUGUCUCACACUCCAACUUCCCUGUGGUCAAACUGCUGCUGGACACGGGUCUCUGUAAUGCGGACAAGCAGAACAAGGCUGGAUACACUGCUAUCAUGCUGACAGCUCUGGCUGCGUUCCACUCUGACAGCGACCUUCAGACUGUCCUGCAGCUGCUCCGCACCGGAGAUGUCAAUGCCAAGGCUAGCCAGGCAGGGCAGACAGCUCUGAUGCUUGCGGUCAGUCAUGGCCGAGGGGACAUGGUCAGGGCCCUGCUGUCCUGUGGAGCUCAGGUCAACUUGCAGGAUGAUGACGGCUCCACAGCUCUCAUGUGCGCCUGUGAGCAUGGCCAUGUGGACAUUGUGCGACAACUGCUGUCUGUGCCAGGCUGUGAUGCCACCCUUACAGACAACGAUGGCAGCACUGCUCUCUCCAUAGCACUGGAGGCCAGUCAGAAUGACAUUGCCGUGCUUCUGUACGCCCAUCUCAAUUUUGCCAAGCCACCGUCCCCUGUGUCUCCAAAGUCUCCGAUUUUGGGAUCCCCACCAUCUUCAUCCGAAAUGAAGUGAAGGAAUAAAAGAGAUGGGCUGAUUCUUCCUUUUCCAGUUCCUCGUCCACUCUACCAUGUGUAUAUGUGAGAGAGAUUGAGUUUGUGCCCAUUUUUGCAGGCACAGACACAUCUUACUUCUGUAUACAUUUGCCCUGUGUGACUAUAUUUGGGUGAUUUUGUAUGUGUGCACUCUUCCAAGAUGUAAGCACUUGGUGCCAUUCAAAUAUAUUUUCGGUGGUGUUUUAACAAUACUUUUUCACCUGAUCAUUCCAUCAUAGAAUAGAAAACCCACACCCGGUUUCCUAUCCCAUGAUUUUUUUAAACAAACUUAGUUUUGUUGCUUUGAUUUGCUGGUUAGCUUAUUUGAUCCCACAUACAGUAGGAAAUCAAUUAAAUUAUCUGCCUAUUAAUAUAAUUUAUGCAGCAGCGUUGCCUUUGUCUUUGAUAGGGGUGAAAAAAUAUUACGUUAGUAAUUGUACCUCCAUGAUUAGUGAAUUAGCCAUAUUCUAUUUAUAAAUUUAAGAGCUACAAUUAUUCUUUAAUCAAAACUUGCUAUACUUAUUGAAGCCAUGGUGCUCUAGCCCAGGGGUUCUUAACCUUUUUCACAGUGUGAGCCUUUUUUUGUGGUUAAAAAUAUUUCAGGACCCUCCCUUACCCAAUAGAAAUUUAAAAUCCAUAAUAACCUGUCUUCCAUGGCCUAAAGGUGGAGCCAUUCUGCAGAGCAUCAAAUUUGUUUUCUCUGUAUUUUAUAAGGUAUAUAUCUUGUAACACAACUCUCGCAACCCCCCGGGACCACAUCCCGACCCCUGAGGGGGUCCUGACCCCCAGGUUAAGAACCCUUGCUCUAGCCAAACACUGUUACUGACUUUUUACAACAAAUAAAAUCUUUGAUAAGGGGUGCUAAGUUAUGCACAGCACAUCAGAAUAUUCUGACCAGCCUUUUUUAACAGUAUUGUCUUCACAUAUGUCUUUUACACAAAUCCAUAGAUCAGUACUGGGUCAUGUAUGACUAAGUGAUUCAAAGGGGAAGUUUGUCAGUUCAAAGGUUUAAUAAUGAUAAUAUUGUGAUCUUUUUACUAUUUGGUUACAGUUUAUAACGUCUACACCUGUACAGCAGUGUGUCAAAUAGGAUUUGCCUUAGCUUGUUUUUGUGCAGACUAACAGCAAUAUUACAUGCUCUCCACGUAUACUGAUUAUUGUCACCGUGCUAGAUAGAGUUGCAGCCGCUGAUUCUUCCCCGACUUGUGUAGUUUCAGUGUGUGGACUGUGGUUUUGCCUCUGAUCAUGAAGGUUACAGCCUUUUAGAAUAUGUAUGCUAGACUGUAGAAAUGGCUUGUUUUGUAAUUAUAAAUAAAGUAGGCUCUCCGAAGACAGAAUAGCAAAUAGUUGGACUGAACUUUCCAAAUCCAUUUUGGCUUUUCAGUUGAGAGUGUCUGCACAGUGAGGGGUUGCACAUGUUGCCAGAGAUGUUUAAAAAGUAGUGAAUUUCCACAAGACUUUGAAGAGAUUGGUAGAGAUGUUUUGCUGAGGCUGGGAUGGACUGUGGGUGGAGCUAGUGCUCUUUGAUGCUGAAGUGGGCACGGUACUGUGCCCCUCAACCAGUUGCUGUUGUUGUGUGGGUCUAGAAAGUGUGGAAAAAAGGCUCAGAACUAUCUAUGAAGAAUGUCUUGAAUAAGAUGUUUUCUGAAAUAAGAAUAAUAUAUGUCAUUUCCAAAGGUUUUAAGCAAAUGACUAUACAAGUUUUUUAGCUUUUAUCCACACAAGUUAUUAACUGUUUGAAUUGCAAUCAUUGUGUAAUAUGAUGGGUAACUAGAUUUUUUAUCAUGUUUUUACACAUGCUUUCUUAUCACCCGUUUAGGAACUAAUUGGUUUUUAUAAUCUUUUAUAUUUGUUUUAUUUAACUCUCUCUGUAUAUCUUUAUAUUUGUAAUAUCUGUUCACAAAUUCUGUAUAUCUUUUGGCACAUUUGCCCUUUUAAUUAGCAUCAUGUACCCCUAUUAAAAAAAAGAAAUCCACACAUUG